CUCCGUCGGAUACAAACUAAAUCUCCCCAGACUGAAUGAAACAACAUAUGAUCGAACCCAUGUGAUUCUUGGAGUCAUUGUCCAGACGGUGCAGUAUGGCUGCUGGGACGCUGCAGGAGCUCGUGUCCGCCGCCGCCUCUCUGCACCCAGACCGGGCAGCGGUGACAUACGACAGCGGCGGCUCGGUGCCCGGGAGCCCGCUGUCUCUGCGGUACCGAGAGCUGGUGGAGCUGUCCUCCCAUCUGUCUGAUGUCCUGCGGGAAAACUGUGCUCAUAGUAACGGAGUCAUUGGGCUGUACUGUAGUGACGAUCUGUUCAUACCAGUGUGGAUCCUUGGGAUCCUUCAGUCUCCAGCUGCCUACCUCCCUCUGGACCCAGAGGCUCCAGGACUUCUCUCUGCCAGGGUCAUGAACCAGUGUCGCCUCAAGUACUGUGCUGUGAAGACUGACCUACUGCUGCGUUUCCAGACGACUGUUGUCAAACACAUGUCAGUUGCUGUGUGUGUGGUGUUGCCCAUGUUUAAACUGACAGUGGUACGGGUCACGCUGCUGCCAGUCGCUGAGCACAAUCAGGAAACACAACCGACUGUGUUGUGGACAGAUGGUGCUGAAGUCUGUGAUACAGCUGUGGAGCAAAAGGACUGCGGCAACAAGGGCUUGGCGUAUGUGCUGCACACAUCUGGAACGACUGGGUUUCCAAAGACUGUGAGGGUGCCCCACAAGUGUAUACUCCCCAACAUUCUGCACCUGAGAUCGUUGUUUCAGAUGACAGCAGAUGAUGUGGUUUUCAUGGCCUCGCCUUUGACCUUUGACCCCUCUGUGGUGGAUAUUUUCCUGGCCUUAUCAUCCGGGGCACAGCUCCUCAUCAUCCCCUCUGUGAUCAAGAAAAUGCCGAAUCGACUGGCACAGCUUCUGUUCAAGCAUCACAACACGACGGUCUUACAGGUCACGCCCACUCUGCUCUGCCGCUUCGGGCACCGCGUCCUACAGCAGGAGGUGUUGUCGUGCGGCUCCUCGCUGCGGGUCUUGGCUCUGGGUGGAGAGGCCUGUCCCUCGCCGGCCCUGCUGAGGAGCUGGAGGCACGAGGACAACAAAACCCUCUUCUUCAAUAUCUAUGGUAUCACUGAGGUGUCGUGCUGGGCCUGCUGCUACAAAAUACCACACUCCAGCAACCUAUCCUCCAGCUCGGAGGCCUCAGUGCCUCUGGGGACGCCUCUGAUGGACACGGUGGUGGAAGUCAGAGAUGAACAUGGUGGCGUUGUUACAGAGGGGGAAGGACAGGUGUUCAUAGGUGGAGAGGACAGAGUGUGUCUCCUGGACGAUGAGGAGGAUGUUAGCCCCGGGACAAUGAGAGCCACUGGAGACUGGGUGAAUGUUAGAGACGGACAGCUGUUCUACCUGGGACGGAGAGACAGGCUGAUAAAACGCAACGGGAAACGGGUGAACUUGGACGGCUUGCAGCAGCUCAUAUCGAGUCUGCCUCAGGUGGAGGCCUGUGCUGUGGCUCUGUACGAAGGCGUUCGGCUGCUUGCCUUUGUGGUGGCGUCCACAUCUGGAGGCCAGAAAGCAGCUGCUCCUCUCCCCUCUCCUGUAAGACUCCAGCAGACGAGCGGUGCGGACGGGGAUCUGAGCAGGCAGAUUGUGGACCAGCUGUCUCUGCUGCUGCCGUCGCACAGUGUUCCUGACACGCUGCUGCUGGUCCCGGCCUUGUGCCUGACGCCUCACGGCAAAGUAGACAUGGAGGCCCUAAUGAAAAUAUACCAAAGACAAAAACGGGGUUUAGAGGCUCCACAGGGAGAUUUCAGCAAACUAAAGCAAACCCUCCAGUCUCUGUGGCAGGAUACUUUAGGUUUACCUGAAGAUGUGACCGUUGAUGAGGAAUCCAACUUCCUGUUGAGUGGAGGAGAUUCUCUGAAGGCGCUGCACCUCUGUGAGGACAUCCUCUCCGCUGUGGGACUCACUUCACCUGGACUCCUGGAGGUUGUAUUUGAUGGCAGCUUUUCUGACAUCCUGACCUACAUAGCCAGAGUGACACUGACGCCACCACUUGAGAACAGCACGGCGCCACUUCCCGAGGCCCAGAAGCGGCACGCUUAUGCUCCGUCUGUUGUUCCAGCGAAGAGAGAACGCAAAGAAUCUCAGUCUGCAGCCGAAGAGAGGCCACAGGGGGAGAGACAGGCUUUUAAAGUUAUAAGACGAGCAGGCGAGGUGAUAGAGAUUAAUGUCAGAUCAGGCUGUCAGGCGGAUGCAGUCGGAGAGAAAGAUUUAAGUAAGAAACGGAGAGAUGAUGCUGUGGGCCUCUGUCUGAGCUGGUCCUCGGACACAGGCAGAUGCGUGGACGCCUCCCCGGUGCUUCUAGUCCAUGAAAGAACAGAUCAGAGGUCAGAUGAGGCCAAAUCAACUGUGUUUAUCGGCUCUCACUCUCACAGGAUUCAGGCUCUAGACCUGGACACUGGGAGCCUUGUGUGGGAGCGAGUCCUGGGGGACAGGAUCGAGGCGUCGGCUGCUGUGUCUCACUGUGGGACGUUGGUGAUUGUAGGCUGCUACGAUGGCUGUUGUUAUUUCUUGUGUGCUGCAUCCGGAAAGACGCGGUGGAUAUUUGAGACAGGAGACGCCGUGAAGAGCUCUGCUGCUGUGGAUCCUCACACAGGUCUGGUGAUAGUGGGCUCCCACGAUGGACAUGUUUACGCCCUGAACCCAAAGCUGAAGCAGUGUGUUUGGAAGCGUCACUGUGGUGGUGGAGCUGUGUUCUCCUCCCCUUGUCUCCAUCCCUCCCUCAGACAGCUGUACGUGGCUUCACUGGGGGGUCGCCUCCUCUGUCUCAACCCUGACAGUGGAGAGGUCUUGUGGUCCGACAGCAGGGACGUCCCGUUCUUCUCAUCACCAAACUGCUCCUCUGGUCUUGUUGCGAUCGGCUCUGUGGAUGGGAACAUCUGCUGCUACAGCAACACAGGGAGACUGAUGUGGCAGUUUUCAACAAAAGGACCCGUCUUCUCGUCUCCAUGUGUCUCACCGGACAAGCAGAGGCUUCUGUGUGGAUCACAUGAUGGGCACCUGUACUGUUUAAACUGCGCCGACGGAUCUUUAGUCUGGACUUUCCACACGUCAGGCAAAGUGUUCUCCAGUCCGUGUGUGUUCGACGGCUCGGCUGUGGGCAGGAGUGGGAAGCUGGUGGGCCUGGCCUCGACAGACGGCACAGUCUGGAUCCUGGAUGCUGAAAACGGACAAAUGCUGGCCUCCCACUCUCUACCAGGGGAACUGUUUUCAUCCCCAGUGGUGUACAAACGCUCUCUUGUUAUCGGGUGCCGCAAUGACUAUGUGUAUUGUUUAAAUCUGACUGUCAAAGACGAAGCACAGAAGGACUAAAUGUACUUUUUUUACUGAUUCUUAUUGUAAAUAAUUGUUUUUAUACCUUAAUCGUAGCAAAGUAAAUAUGUUUAAAUGUUUUAAACAGGCUGCAUGCCUUUUUAUAUAAUAAAAAAACAUAUUUUGAGCGGAAUGAGGGAUUGAUGCCAUGGCUGAGUAUUUCCACCUUACCACUGUAGUGAACAAAUCCCAGUCUGAAAAAAACUGAUACAGGGUCAGUUCGUACAUAUGUGAAUGUGUCAGGGGUGAACCUUAGCCUCCUGCUUACUUCAAAUCAAUGCAGGCAAGAGCGUGACUAGAAUAUUUACUUCCUGUGGCAAAGCAAAUCACAGCGUGGUUUGGGAUUUGCAUAUAUGUGACAGUCAGGGUAUGUGAUGUCACUUUUAAGGUUUUAAGGUCUUUAGAGGAGUUUUUAACUUAAUACUAAACGACAUAUGAGAAUCUGGCUUAUCGACACACAUGUUCUAUAAAUACACAGCACUGUUUAAUUCAGUUUAAAAAUACUUAAAAGAUUACAUUAUUCCAAGCAAAACCUGCACAGAAUAUUCCCUGAGGAGCCUGAGAGAGCUGUCCGUGCCACAUGUCGCAGAUGGAGACAAAUCCUGCUUUUCAGCCGGGGAUAGAAUGUGUAACAGUUUAAAGUUAGAGCAUCUGUGUGUUGUCGUUCUUUUUUGGUCCUUAAAUCCAAUUUAUGAUAAAUUUUA